AUGGGUGCGCCAGCGGUCACCAAGAAGAUCCUCUUAGGCUCCGACCAGGGACAGGGCAUUCAGAUCAGCGGAGCAUUUGUACGAUACAACGGACGUCUGUCUCUCGAGUUGACUCUGCUCAAUCUCAGUGGACAGCAGAUGAACAAGUUCAAGAUUCAAUUCUUCCAGAACAGCUUUGGCGUGUCGCCAAUCGAGGCCAUCCUUCAGUGUGGCGCCAUCGAGAAUGGCCAGUCCAUGGAUGUCUCGGUGCCAAUCUCUGCCAACGGCCCUCCCGCACAGCCAUUGGCUCCACUCAUCAACAUGGCCAUGAUGGUGCUGCCAUCUCAGGCCAAGUUCUACUUCCAGAUGAACCUGCCCUUCCACAUGCUCUUUGUCGAGAGCGGCCAGCUUGACCGCGAGGCCUAUCUCUCGAUGCGCAAGAGCAUCCCUGAGGCCAACGAGAGGACCAAGGAUAUCCAGAUCCAAGCACCCCAAUUCGACGUGGACACCAUCCUCCGCAGACUGCACUCCAAGAAUCUGUUUGAGAUUGUCCGUAAGAAGGUACAGAACCAAGACGUCUCAUUCCUCUCGUGUAAGACCGAGAACUCUAUCUAUAUCCUUGCCGAGUUGACCUUUACCGUUGGAACUCGUGUCUGUCGUCUCACCUCCAAGUCAACUGCGAUUGAAUUCACUCCUCUGUUCGAACACACAAUGGAGAUGUUGAUCAAUGACCAACAGUACUAG